CUUCUUCUCCUUCUCUUUCUUACAGGUUUUUCAUCUUUAUAUUCCUCUUAUUGUCUACCUCAGAUUUGAGUUUGUUGCGGUUUACCUGUUUGUGUUAUUGACUGACUGAAAUUUGGGUUUACGAUUUCGAUAUCUUGUUGGAUUUGGUGUUGAAAUGGGAGCUCAUGUUAGCAAGAAAUCGGUUAUUGUAUCUUCUACCCAUCGCUUUUCUUCAGAGCUUAAUUCAUACGAAGCUGCCUGCAGAUCAGAUGUCGAGUUGCAGUCCUUCGAUACGAUCUUGCAAGCUCGAGCGAAUAAUGUGAUCACUACUUUGGCUACGGGAGUUCAGGUGAGGGCGAUGUCAUUUGAUUCGCUCAAGGAAGUGACGGGAUGCUUGUUGGAAAUGAAUCAAGAAGUGGUGAAGGUGAUUUUGAAUUGUAAGAAAGAUAUUUGGAAUAAUCCGGAGUUGUUUGAUUUGGUGGAAGAGUAUUUCGAUAACAGCCUGCAAACGCUCGAUUUCUGCUCGGCGUUGGAGAGAUGUUUGAAAAGGGUACGAGACAAUCAGCUGAUGAUUCUUGUUGCUUUGCAGCAUUUUGAGGAUGAGGAUGGUGUGGAAGAGAAUAGGUAUGAGAAGACACUGGAGAAUUUGAAGGAUUUUAAGGAUGCCGGAGAUCCGUUUACGGAGGAUUUCUUUGAGAUUUUUCGUUCGGUUUACCGGCAACAGAUGGUCUUGCUCCAGAAGCUACAAAUAAAGAAAGUAAAGCUGGAUAAAAAGGUGAAGUCUAUCCGAACAUGGAGGAAAGUGUGUAAUGUGAUAUUUGUGGCUACGUUUGCAGCUGUUUUGAUAUGUUCUGUGGUGGCGGCUGCCAUGGCGGCACCACCUGUGGCUGCUGCGCUCGCAGCAGCUACCGCCAUUCCACUUGGUUCAAUGGGAAAAUGGAUCAACUCCCUUUUGAGAAACUAUGAGGAUGCCAUUAAGGGGCAAAAGGAAGUCAUCAGCUCCAUGCAAGUGGGGGGUUGUGUGGCAAUCAGAGACCUGGAUACGAUUCGGGUUCUUGUUGAUAGGCUGGAGAUGGAUAUUGAGGAUCUUAUGAGGAAUGCCGAGUAUGUAAUUGAGGGAGAUGAAUUGGUGAAACAAGGGAUCGAAGAGAUCAAGGCAAAGCUUAAGUCAUUUAUGAAGAAUGUAGAUGAGCUAGGAAUGCAGGCGGACAAUUGCACCCGCGAUAUCCGAAGAGCAAGAACGGUGGUCUUGCAGAGAAUCAUUAAGCCACCAAAUAGCCAUUAUUAGAACCAUUAAUUACAACUGUGUUCAUUCGAUUUUAAGUUUUAUGUAGGAUUAGCAGUUACGUUUUAUGCUUUGAUGAAGAAUAACCGAAUAAUCUAUGUUGAAAUU